AUAUAAUUCAGUUUAGAUCAGCUCGUUGCCAUCUAAACUUCGCACUGCAGCAGUUUUUAAGUCAACGUCUGUCUACCAACGCCUUCGUCCGACAUGAAGGUGCGUUUGAUAGUUACUCUAUUGGCGACAGCCUCCAUCCUCGCUCUUGUCCAAUCCACGAUUGAAGACGAUGACUCGAUCAUACUAGAAAGCGACCCUGAAGAAACACAAGAAAGCGACUUUCAAAACCCAGAAGAAAGCGACCCUCAAAACCCAGAAGAAAGCGACCCUCAAAACCCAGAAGAAAGCGACCCUCAAAACCCAGAAGAAAGUGACCCUCAAAACCCAGAAGAAAGCGACCCUCAAAACCCAGAAGAAAGUGACCCUGAAGAAACUCAAGAGAGCGACCAAGAAGAACCACAAGAUAGCGACCCUCAAGAAUCAGAAGUAGACGAACAUCAGGUYAAAUCCAAACGCGUAGAAGACAUCCCUGGUCUCAGUGAAGAUUUGCUGACCAAGACAAUUGACGAAGCAAGGAAAGAAACUCUGGAAGAAGAAGCAAAAUCGAAACGACUCAGACAUCACGAUGAAAAKCCGCAGUCUUCUCUGAGGAAGCAUUUCAUGCGUGGACAUAGACCCGAACUUGAACCGCAUCGUGUUAACGCGCUUAUAAAGGAACGAACUAUCAGWAAACUCGCACAAAAACUCAAAAUGACUCCCAGCGCACUGGAAGGUCUGGAGAGCGCCAGUUUGGAUGCUGUGUGCCGUAAAGCCUCUAGAAGAAUAGAUGUAAAGGGUAAAUCGUCCUACUUUUAUAAGCGUUUUCGCACGAUUGAUGGGAGUAGAAACAACCGUGUUGGAGGAAAAGCAAAUACACCCUUCAGACGUCUUAUUGAAGCAGACUAUGGUGACGGCCUUUCAACUCCACGUAAAGCCAAGGAUGGUUCAGAGCUGCCUAACGCACGUUUUGCAAGUAAAACGCUGUUCGACAACGCAAACAAGCCUUCUAAAAAGCUUUCUCACAUGGCGAUGAUUUGGGGUCAAUUUCUUGAUCAUGACAUCACACAAAGUGCUGAAUCAGACGUCGAUUGCUCUCAUGAGUGUGGUCCAAAAGGAGAUUGUUUCGGCAUCGCCAUUCCAAAGGGCGAUAAUGCGUUUAAAGGACGAUCUUGCAUUGAACUAAAAAGGAAUGUUCCAUUCUGUGGCAAGCGCAAACGUGAGCAGAUUAACACUUUGAGCGCAUUUAUUGACGCAUCUGSUGUCUAUUCAAAUGACGAGAAAAAGUUCGAAGAACUUCGUGAUCCGAAUGAUAAAGCUCUACUUAUCGAAAGGAAAAUUAGUGGUYGAAAAAAUCUUCUAUCGGCGGACCAAGAUCCUAACGCCUUUUGUCGAAAUCCAACACAGCAACCAUGUUUCAGAGCUGGAGAUCCAAGAGUCAAUGAAAAUUCAGGACUUGCAUCCAUGCAUACCAUCUGGAACCGUUAUCAUAACCUUAUUGUUACACAGCUUAGACGUUUUUUACGURYUCGAAAAAACACCAAAAAAUGGACUCCAGAUUACUUGUUCUUUACGGCUCGUAAAAUAAUUGGUGCUAUGGUGCAGCAUAUCACAUUCAGGGAGUUUUUACCAGCCAUUCUGAGUAGAUCAGCGCGAAUACGGUCUAARUUGYUUUUGGGACGCCUCUAUAGAGUGAGGAAGAGACGUCUGUCAGUAAAGCGCUUCUUUUAUUUGAAACGGUUUAAAAAAGCAGAUCCUUCAAUCUUCAACUCCUUCGCCACUGCUGCUUAUCGCUUCGGACACAGCUUGGUACAAAACCAGUUAAGCCGGUUCGCAGAAUCUGGCAAACCGUCAGUGUGUCCCAUUUCUAUGGAUAAUUUCUUUAACACAAGCUUCUUGUACCAAAGAUCAGAAGGUGGAGUGGAUUCGAUUUUAAGAGGGCUUGAGGRAGACCCAGCACAAGAAGUKGAUGGGUCCUUUGCAAAAGCGGUCCACGAAAAGCUAGUAAGAUUUGCCAACGAUAUGGCUGAUUUGCCGGCCUUGAACAUUCAACGAGGUCGUGAUCACGGAAUUCCUGGAUACAACCGCUUCAGAAUACUUGCAGGCUUAAGGAGGGCCAAAAAAUUCAGCGACCUCAGAGACGUAAUGACGAAUGAACAGAUCAGGAAACUUAGGAAAGUGUACAAUCACGUUGAUGACAUCGAUUUGUUUGCUGGUGGAGUUAUGGAAAAACCUUUUAGAAAUGGAGCCGUAGGAAAAACCUUCAGCUUUAUCAUUGCCAAGCAAUUCCACAAUCUUCGUUUUGGUGAUCGAUUCUGGUACGAAAAUCGCGGUCAGUUUACCCCGCGUCAGCUUCGAGAAAUCAGGAAAUCUUCGCUAGCCAGAGUGAUUUGCGACAACAGUGACGGAAUCAAGUUGAUUUKCCCGAMAGUCAUCACCCCGGGAAGAAGGCGAGUACAGUGUAGAAGGUUACCGAGAAUCAACUUGAGAGCGUGGUUGUGAAGUCCUGCAACACAUGACCCAAACCAUUUUAACAAAGGCUGAUUUAUUUUCCCUUAUUUCAUACUUGAUUCAGUUUUC